CGCAGCACUGUCCGCGCAGAGCUGAGCGGGGGCGGCGGGCGCAGCUGCUGGGAUCCUUCAGCCGAGGACUAGCGAUCCGAUCCUGUGGACUCAGAAGCCGCGGGGAGCGUACGGGCCCGGUCGCAGACAGAGCUGGCAACCGUUCCCGGAGGAAAUGGGGCCGAGCGGGCCGGGAGCAGAAGGGAAGGAAGCGCGGGAUCGCUGAUGUCAGAGCAGCCCGGAAAGUCGCGCCGGGAAAACCUGAAGACAGCCGGCUUUGCGCCUCCCCGGAGGGACCCUACCGGACCCCACGCCCCUUCGCGUCCGGGUCCCUGCGUCCAGGCGACCGGGGUGAAGACGCGCGGUCCUAAUCGAGGGCCACCCCAGGAAUACAGGCAGGCGGCCGGCGCGGGCUGUGGAUUUUAAUGAUCUUGGGUUCCAUGUGGACCUGGCCGUCUGUCUGACUCGGGUCGGGCAGGAACUGGGCGCGCGCUGCCCUGGGCAGCCGCCAGCCGAGUCGGACGAAGCGGAGACGCAAGGACAGACAGACACCGCCGAGCUGGAACCAUGUGAGAGCUGAUCCAGAGAAGUGGAGUAGUAUACAGAGGAGAUAUCCCUCCAGCCUUGCCCCUCUCGGGAUGGAGCAGAGGAGGUCCCAGCUGUGGACCAUGCAGACUGAGAACUUGUCUGUGGUACUGCUCUCAGUAGCCUGGCUGCUCCUAGCUCGUGAAACCACAGGUAUGCCUCAAUUCAGCACCUUCCACUCCGAGAACCGUGACUGGACUUUCAACCAUUUGACUGUACACAGAAGAACAGGGGCCGUGUAUGUGGGGGCCAUCAACCGGGUCUACAAGUUGACAGGCAACCUCACAAUCCAGGUGGCCCACAAGACAGGGCCAGAAGAAGACAACAAGGCCUGCUACCCGCCCCUUAUUGUACAGCCCUGCAGUGAGGUGCUCACGCUCACCAACAAUGUUAACAAACUACUGAUCAUUGACUACUCCGAGAAUCGCCUGCUUGCCUGUGGCAGUCUCUACCAGGGUGUUUGCAAGCUCCUGCGGCUGGACGACCUCUUCAUCCUGGUGGAGCCAUCCCACAAGAAGGAGCACUACUUGUCCAGCGUCAAUAAGACAGGCACCAUGUAUGGGGUGAUUGUGCGCUCCGAGGGGGAAGAUGGCAAGCUUUUCAUUGGCACUGCUGUGGAUGGCAAGCAGGAUUACUUCCCUACCUUGUCCAGCCGCAAGCUACCCCGUGAUCCUGAGUCUUCAGCCAUGCUGGACUACGAGCUCCACAGUGAUUUUGUCUCCUCCCUCAUCAAGAUCCCCUCUGACACCCUAGCCUUGGUCUCCCACUUUGACAUCUUCUACAUCUAUGGCUUUGCCAGCGGGGGUUUUGUCUACUUUCUCACCGUCCAGCCAGAGACCCCUGAGGGUGUGGCCAUCAACUCAGCUGGAGACCUCUUCUAUACCUCAAGAAUCGUGCGUCUCUGCAAGGAUGACCCCAAGUUCCACUCCUAUGUGUCCCUGCCCUUUGGCUGCACACGUGCCGGGGUAGAAUACCGCCUCCUGCAGGCAGCUUAUCUCGCAAAGCCUGGGGAAGCUCUAGCUCAGGCUUUCAACAUCAGCAGUGAUGAGGAUGUGCUAUUUGCCAUCUUCUCCAAAGGGCAGAAGCAGUACCACCACCCACCCGACGACUCUGCCCUCUGUGCCUUCCCCAUUCGGGCCAUCAACUUGCAGAUCAAGGAGCGGUUGCAGUCCUGCUACCAAGGAGAAGGCAACUUGGAGCUCAACUGGCUGCUGGGAAAGGAUGUGCAGUGCACCAAGGCGCCAGUCCCCAUUGAUGAUAACUUCUGUGGCCUGGACAUCAACCAACCUCUGGGAGGCUCCACUCCUGUGGAGGGACUGACCCUGUACACCACCAGCAGGGACCGCUUAACUUCUGUGGCUUCCUAUGUUUACAAUGGCUACAGUGUGGUUUUUGUGGGGACUAAGAGUGGCAAGCUGAAGAAGAUUCGAGCUGAUGGUCCCCCCCAUGGUGGGGUCCAGUAUGAAAUGGUCUCUGUGUUCAAAGAUGGGAGCCCCAUCCUCCGCGACAUGGCCUUCUCCAUCAAUCAGCUCUACCUAUAUGUCAUGUCUGAGAGACAGGUCACCAGGGUCCCUGUUGAAUCAUGUGAACAGUACACAACUUGUGGAGAGUGUCUAAGCUCAGGGGAUCCUCACUGUGGCUGGUGUGCCCUGCACAACAUGUGCUCCCGAAGGGACAAAUGCCAACGGGCAUGGGAAGCAAAUCGAUUCGCUGCCAGUAUCAGCCAGUGCAUGAGCCUUGAGGUGCACCCCAGUAGCAUCUCUGUGUCAGAUCACAGCCGGCUGCUCAGCCUGGUUGUAAAUGAUGCCCCCAACCUCUCUGAGGGUAUCGCCUGUGCCUUUGGGAACUUGACUGAGGUGGAAGGACAGGUGUCUGGGAGCCAAGUCAUCUGCAUCUCUCCUGGGCCCAAGGACGUCCCUGUUAUCCCUCUGGAUCAAGAUUGGUUUGGCCUAGAGUUGCAGCUGAGAUCCAAGGAGACAGGAAAGAUCUUUGUCAGCACCGAGUUCAAGUUCUAUAACUGCAGUGCCCACCAACUGUGCCUGUCCUGUGUCAACAGCGCCUUCCGCUGCCAUUGGUGCAAGUACCGAAAUCUCUGCACACAUGACCCCACCACCUGUUCCUUCCAGGAAGGCAGGAUCAAUGUUUCAGAGGACUGUCCCCAGCUUGUGCCCACAGAGGAGAUUCUGAUCCCAGUUGGAGAAGUGAAACCAAUCACCCUCAAGGCCCGAAACCUUCCCCAGCCCCAGUCUGGUCAGCGGGGCUACGAGUGUGUGCUCAACAUCCAGGGGGUUGUUCACCGAGUCCCUGCCCUGCGCUUCAACAGUUCCAGUGUGCAGUGCCAAAACAGCUCGUACCAGUAUGACGGGAUGGACAUCAGCAACCUAGCAGUGGACUUUGCUGUGGUCUGGAAUGGCAACUUCAUCAUUGACAACCCACAGGACCUGAAAGUUCAUCUCUACAAGUGUGCAGCCCAGCGGGAGAGCUGUGGCCUCUGUCUCAAGGCCGAUCACAAGUUUGAGUGUGGCUGGUGCAGUGAUGAGCGCAGAUGUACCCUCCACCAACACUGCCCCAGCACUUCUAGCCCUUGGCUCGACUGGUCCAGUCACAACGUCAAAUGUUCCAACCCCCAAAUCACAGAGAUUUUGACAGUAUCAGGACCACCUGAAGGAGGGACUCGUGUGACCAUCCAUGGAGUGAACCUGGGCUUGGACUUCUCUGAGAUCGCUCAUCAUGUGCAGGUGGCUGGAGUGCCCUGCACACCGCUUCCAGGGGAAUACAUCAUCGCUGAGCAGAUUGUCUGUGAGAUGGGCCACGCCCCUAUGGGCGCUACAUCUGGGCCUGUACGCCUGUGCAUUGGGGAAUGCAACGAAGAGUUCAUGACAAAUUCCCACCAGCAGUACACUUUCGUGAAUCCUUCUGUGCUGUCACUCAGCCCCAUUCGGGGACCAGAGUCAGGAGGUACUAAGGUAACCAUCACAGGCCAUUACCUUGGUGCUGGGAGCAGCGUGGCAGUAUACCUGGGCAAUCAGACCUGCAAAUUUGAUGGGAGGUCCAUGAAUGAGAUUUUCUGUGUUUCACCCCCAUCCUCCAAUGGACUGGGACCAGUCCCUGUCUCCGUGAGUGUUGACAGAGCCCGGAUAGAUAGCAGUCUGCAGUUUGAAUACAUAGAUGACCCUCGGGUCCAACGCAUUGAGCCAGAGUGGAGCAUCACUAGUGGCCACACACCGCUAACCGUCACAGGCUUCAACUUGGAUGUCAUUCAGGAGCCAAAGGUCCGAGUCAAGUUUAAUGGCAAAGAAUCUGUCAAUGUGUGCACAGUGGUCAACACAACCACGCUGACCUGUCUGGCACCUUCUCUGACCAGUGACUACCGUCCAGGCCUGGACACAGUGGAACGGCCAGAUGAGUUUGGAUUUGUCUUUAACAAUGUCCAGUCCUUACUCAUCUAUAAUGACACCAAGUUCAUCUACUACCCCAACCCAACCUUUGAGCUGCUCAGCCCCACUGGAAUCUUGGAUCAGAAACCAGGCUCACCCAUCAUCCUGAAGGGCAAAAAUCUCUGCCCUCCUGCCUCUGGAGGGGCCAAACUCAACUACACAGUAAUGAUUGGAGAGACACCUUGUGCAGUCACUGUGUCUGAGACGCAGCUGCUCUGUGAACCUCCCAACCUCACUGGGCAGCACAAGGUCAUGGUUCACGUGGGUGGGAUGGUGUUCUCACCUGGCUCGGUGAGUGUCAUCUCCGACAGCUUGCUGACCCUGCCAGCCAUCAUCAGCAUCGCGGCUGGUGGGAGCCUCCUCCUUAUCAUCGUCAUCAUUGUCCUCAUCGCUUACAAGCGCAAGUCUAGGGAAAAUGACCUCACACUCAAGCGACUACAAAUGCAGAUGGACAACCUGGAGUCUAGGGUGGCCCUGGAGUGCAAGGAAGCUUUUGCCGAGCUUCAAACAGACAUUAAUGAGCUAACCAGUGACCUGGACCGGUCAGGAAUCCCUUACCUGGACUACCGCACCUAUGCCAUGCGAGUUCUGUUCCCAGGCAUUGAGGACCACCCUGUUCUGCGGGAGCUGGAGGUACAGGGAAACGGACAACAGCACGUGGAGAAAGCCCUGAAGCUCUUUGCCCAGCUCAUCAACAACAAGGUGUUCCUGUUGACCUUCAUUCGCACACUGGAACUGCAGCGCAGCUUCUCCAUGCGUGACCGCGGCAAUGUGGCUUCUCUCAUCAUGACAGGCCUCCAGGGCCGCCUGGAAUAUGCCACAGACGUCCUCAAGCAGCUACUGUCUGACCUCAUCGACAAGAACCUGGAGAACAAGAACCACCCCAAGCUUCUUCUCCGCAGGACUGAGUCUGUGGCCGAGAAGAUGCUGACCAACUGGUUUGCUUUCCUUCUACACAAGUUCCUGAAGGAAUGUGCUGGGGAGCCACUCUUCAUGCUAUACUGUGCAAUCAAGCAGCAGAUGGAGAAAGGCCCCAUCGAUGCUAUCACUGGUGAGGCCCGCUACUCCCUGAGUGAGGACAAACUCAUCCGGCAGCAGAUCGAGUACAAGACCCUGAUCCUGAAUUGUGUCAACCCUGACAAUGAGAACAGCCCAGAGAUCCCAGUGAAGGUGUUAAACUGUGACACCAUCACCCAAGUCAAGGAGAAGAUCCUCGAUGCAGUAUAUAAGAACGUUCCCUACUCCCAGCGGCCAAGGGCUGUGGACAUGGACCUGGAGUGGCGUCAAGGCCGGAUUGCCAGAGUGGUGUUGCAGGAUGAAGACAUUACCACCAAGAUAGAGGGUGACUGGAAGCGGCUUAACACGCUGAUGCAUUACCAGGUGUCAGACAGGUCAGUGGUGGCUCUGGUACCCAAGCAGACCUCCUCCUACAACAUCCCUGCCUCUGCCAGCAUCUCCCGGACAUCCAUUAGCAGAUAUGACUCUUCCUUCAGGUACACAGGCAGCCCAGACAGCCUCCGGUCCCGGGUCCCCAUGAUCACUCCAGACCUGGAGAGUGGUGUCAAGGUGUGGCAUCUGGUGAAGAACCAUGACCAUGGUGACCAGAAGGAGGGUGACCGGGGCAGCAAAAUGGUAUCUGAGAUCUACUUGACCCGGCUCCUAGCCACCAAGGGCACCCUGCAGAAAUUUGUGGACGACUUGUUUGAGACCUUGUUCAGCACUGUGCACCGGGGUAGCGCUCUCCCACUAGCCAUCAAGUACAUGUUUGAUUUCCUGGAUGAGCAGGCAGACAGACACAGUAUCCACGACACAGAUGUGCGACACACCUGGAAAAGCAACUGCCUCCCUCUGCGUUUCUGGGUGAAUGUCAUCAAAAACCCCCAGUUUGUGUUUGACAUCCACAAGGGCAGCAUCACAGAUGCUUGCCUCUCUGUGGUGGCCCAGACCUUCAUGGACUCCUGUUCCACAUCAGAGCACCGACUGGGCAAGGACUCCCCUUCCAAUAAGUUGCUCUAUGCCAAGGAUAUCCCCAGUUACAAGAACUGGGUAGAAAGAUACUAUGCAGAUAUUGCCAAGCUCCCAGCCAUUAGUGACCAAGAUAUGAAUGCCUACCUCGCGGAGCAGUCCCGCCUGCACGCCACAGAGUUCAAUAUGCUGAGCGCCCUCAACGAGAUCUACUCCUAUGUCAGCAAGUACAGUGAAGAGCUCAUCGGGGCGCUAGAGCAGGAUGAGCAGGCCCGGCGGCAACGGCUGGCCUACAAGGUGGAGCAUCUCAUCAAUGCCAUGUCCAUCGAGAGCUGAAGGGAGGACCUCCUGUUCCUGAAAGAGGGACCCACACAAGCGAUCACACUGGUGUCUCAAAAGGGAGGAUAGGACGAGAGAGGGUCAUCAGGCCCCAGAGCUGGCUGCCCACGGAAAGCUCAUGAGGGGAAAGGGAAAGGCUCCGCUCUCAGUGCCAGCCAUGUUUCGUCAUAGCCGGUUCCUGCCAGAAGGACAGCAAACACCACCCAUCAUAGUGUGAGCUCAGGACAGCACGGGCAAGGAAGGUGCCCUUCAAGUGAGAGGCUUGAACCCGGUGGUUCCGCCUCUGUGACUGCUGCUUUGCAUGAAAACUCAUUUGAUGUAUAUUGGGAAAAAUAAUGAGAACUUAUUUAAUUUUUUUAAGAAAAAGGGAAAAAACAGAAAUAAAACAAAACAUAAAGCCUCCCUGUCCAACCCGUUCAACUUUUGUUUAAUCUGAUUUCUGUCCUCUUCUCGGUAACAUCUCUCCCUCCUUUUGUAACAUCUCUUUCACAAUGUCAGAAAAUGCCUGAGAAAUGCUGAAAGAAACCCGUCUGGAAAUGUUCUCCUCUCCCUUGAACUGAAAGAAAAAGGAGGAGAGGGAGGAAGGAGCCCAAGUUUGUGCUAAACAUUUGGCAAACAGGCCAGGAAGGCCUGGAUCCUACCACAGCCAGAAGCGCCUGGGAACUGCAGGCCUUUGUGGUAAUCGUGGAAGCGGAUCAUCUCCACCUGGUUAAUAGGCAACUGCUGUCCAUGCUGCACCCGUGGGUAUCCUCACCUCCUAAGAGGAGGAAGGUACCAGCCGAGGACCCAUCACCUGUGGGAACAUCUUUCGUUGGUUUCAUAAAAUCCCAGACCUCCCUGAAUGAGAGUCGGUCUCUGGUACUUUUCCUUUUUGGCUUCCCUAGAGUUGAUAUCAAAAAUGGGAGAGGCCCACCUCUCCCAGACCAGCCACCUCCUCCCUGAGGACUCUGAGCAGAGCCCCAUGUCAGCCUCUGUCAUAAGACAGGCACACGGGGGCUCUACAGACCAGGCCUUCUCAGUCUGAGCUGAAUGGGGAAUAUGGGUGUUUGACUUUGGAUUUCACUCAACCAUCUACCAGUUUACGGCAAUUAAAAAGAAAACAAACUCAAAUACUGUUUACAGUAAGCAAUACUUGAAGAGUAUAGGUUUAAGAAGCAGCAGUAUUUAUUAUUAUACUUUCUUUUCUCUUGUGCCUGGAGAGGGGAGGCCAACCUUCAUUCAUACCCAGAAGCUCCUGACCAUCUGGGCACAGUGCAUUUGCCUCAGUAGAAAUGACUGUGGCAUCCCAUCAUCUCUGCCAUCUCUGUCUGCCAUGGACCCAUGGAUGUGAAAGUGGAUUGCUUCCUGUGAGGGCACCUGUCUGUCCCUCUGUCUCCUGAUACUGAAUGCCAUAGAUGGCCAGAUUUCCUGAAUAUAUCUUCCAAGCAGAGGCCAAGGCUCCAUUCUUGGGCCCAGAGGCAAGAUCUGUGGUUAGCAGGACAAGAAAUUCAACUGGUUAGCCCUCAGGGAAUUCUGUCCUCCUGCUUGAUGUGAUCCCAAGCAGCCAAUUCCAACAGCUUUGCAAGUAGCACCUGUCUCAAGGUAGAAGGACAAGAGGAAGGCAAAGGGUUGGCACAGGGAAAGGCCGAAGAGCUCUCCCAUUCUUGCCUUGUGCUUUUCGAGAGGUAAGGAAUGCCAGGCUUAUAGGGCUGGGAAAUAAGCCAGCUACCCUGAGAGAGACCGGACCAGGGUUAUUUCCUUCACAAUUAACCCAGGCCUCAACUUAUACCUCCAGUUAAUUCCAGUUUCUGGAGAUUCUGCUGACCAGAUGUGACUCCCAGCACAAGGCAGGGAAGGAAACCAAGAAGGUGGCUUCCAGUCCAUGUAUAUGUCUUCGGAUGGCUGUCUCACGCAUAGCAGAUGCUGUCUGGGCUGUUCAGCAUGCUUCUUGUCUGAAUGUAGCAGACAAGGAAGAGAGAAAAGCAUUCAGCAAAAUACUCAGGAAAUUUGCUGAUUUUAUGAUGAUUCACAACCAGCCAUGCCAAGGGCACUUUGCUUCUGAUAAUCUACUCACGUUAAAAGUUUUUCAGGGUCAUAUUAAUAGCCUGGAAAAAAAAUACUAGUGACUGGCCUUCCACACUAAGCCAAAGUGUUUGCUCUUCACAGCACCCAAAGUUUAUCAUCUUAGAGCCUGUAAUUUAUGAAAAUGAAAGAAGUGAUGCCGUCAAAACAAGAAUAUGAACAGAAGACUGCACUACCCAGGACAAACUCCAGCCCACCUUGUUUUCCAUUCCGGUUUGGUUAAAGGCUCCUGAGCAGCUGCUACUGCUCAGGCUGAUGUCCAGCGUGCUAUUUCAUCAAGAAGUAAAAAGAACCAAAAUGUUUGACAUCUCUUUUCAAUAGCACCCUAACCUUCCUCAGUGUGCCUACCUGGAAUCUCCCAGCAGCCAUUUAUGGUACCUGCUCUCUGCCUCUGGUAUGCUUCACUGAAGAUGUUUGGGGAGAAUGGGGAGAAUGAUGGGGGAGAGAGCAAAUCAAAGAGUGCAGAUGCAGGGAGCAGGGCCAGCCAUGAAAGGUGGUUUAACCACUUUAAUAAAGAUUCCAUGACUUAAACAACUUGGGCUGAGAAGAGAAGCGGCCAAAGGGCCCAGUUAAGGAAGAAUUAAGAAGGAAAAUUCAGCUGGAGACAGACCUGCCAAGAGGGUGAGUGGUUGCAGGGUCUUGUUUCCAUUCUAGCUUUUACCUGUCCUACUGGCUCUUUACUUUGGUUCAUGAGUAACUGAUAGGGUCUAUUCUCUAGGGAAUGGAGAGGAGAGGGGAUUGCUUGGUCACUCUUCUUGCUACUAUACAACCUGAGGAUAUUUUGGCCUUUUGUUUAAAAAGAAAAAAAAUAUUAAAGCUACAACCCUUCCCCACAAGAAGCCAUUUAUCUUUGGGGGAGGCACGAAGUCUCUCCCAAGCCUACCUAGCUUUACUUUAUUUCAUUGAUCAGCACAAAAGCCAAUUCUCUAGGAAAGGAGCAGGACUGUAGAGGGCUUGGCAGGACAGAAUUCUAGAGGACUGUAUGGAGGAGUCCUUCAACCGGAUCUGGCACUACCUCCUGCCUUCUGUGUGGGUCAGGCACUUCUGUGUCUGAUGUUCUACCUCUGUGGUUUGACUCUCAAAACCACUUCUGAUCCCCCCCUCUUUUUACAGAGUGCAACCAUUCAAGUCAUGGGCACACUGUGAUCUCACAGAAGGAGGGAACUGUGUCCUGUGUUCAUUCAUAUGGAGACGGUUCAUAAGUAAUAAUAAUCUGCCAGGUUCUUAGAGGUUCUGGAAAAGAGGGUGAAUAAAACCAAAAAGGUCCUUCUUCCAGCAAAUUCAUCUUCUCCAAGCUGCUAGUUCUGCCACGAGUACAGCAGGAUUGUUCUUCUCACCUGCCACAGAAGAAAGCACGAAGUGCAUAGAAAAUGAGGUGCUGUGAAGGAAAAAGACUGACUCCCACCCAGACACCUUACCUCAUCCUGGGUCCAGGCCCCCUAGCAGUGAGAUCUACCAACUUUUUAGUCAACGCAACUUUGUUGCUUAAGCUCCUGUCCUUCUUCAGUUCCAUCAAAA